AUGACAACGCGAACGCGAUACACGACGCCUCGGGUGCAGUCGCCCGUAAAAGCCGUGAAAAGUUCGUGGAUACUCGAAAACAGAUCAGCCGCUACAACGACGCCCACGCGCAACAGCAACAACGACACCACGAGCCUCGCCAGUCUGGCGCGCUUCCAGCAGAAGCAGCUGCAAGAAAAGGAACAGAGGCUCCUCCAGCUGUACGACCAGCAGCAACAGCGCGCCCACCAGGUAGCGCAGAGGGGCAUUACUGGCUCCCUCGACGACGUCAACGCCCCCACCACUAAGACGCGGCAGUUGUUCGCGGAGAAGACGCGCCAUCGGAGCCGGGGAGGGGUCGGCAAGGGCAUCGACAAGAGUUACCCGCUCGAGCCGCUCGGCGGUGGUAGACGCAACGGCGCGCUCCAGCCGGCCGGUGGCGUCAAGCCGGGCUUUAAAACCGCGAGGCCCGACGGACCGGCCGACAGUCGUCGACAGGAGGUACGGGAGAACGAGAACAACCAGCAGCAGCAUCGCGUGUCCAGUGGAGCAUCGGUGUACUUGGCCGGUGACGGCAACUCGUCCGUUGUUCGCAGUGGCAAGGAGUACGCCAAGGGAAACGGCGGUGCAUCGAUCGGCAACGGCCAUCACCGUUACGAGAUAAACAUAGACGAGGUCAUCGACGACGACGCAAUGGAACGGAAUCGCAUGGUGGCCAGGUACAGUAGUAGUAUCGAUUCGGAGACGCGCCGGCAGUACAGCUACGAAGAUACGGUGCAUCGCUCGGGGAAUGGCGUUUUGAGCGACGUGUCCAACGCUAACGUAGGACAGCGGGGAAAAAAACCAUCAGCUCCGGCCAAACAGCCGAUACCCAGUGACAGAAAGCAAAACGACGAAUCCGUCGCGCAGUCGAGCUUCACGAAGACAACGGAGAGCUCGAGCCAGUCGCCGCGACGAGGGGACGAAAAAAUAUUCUUCGAGGGCGCGAGCACGGCUCUGCACAGGGAGAGGACAAAGAGCCCGUUGCCCGAAAACAAGAUUUACGAGCCAGUUCGGCAGCCGAGUCCACCGAGUUGGGACGAGAGAGCCACCGACCCGGGCCAAGGCGUCAGGGCCGUCGUUAUGAAGAUAGAGAGCACCGCGUCCGAGAUACUGAUCGGCCGAAGCGUGAUCGAGAGGAGGAGAGCGACGACCGACGAGGGCGCCACGAGGUCGAUCCGACUCAGCCAAGAGUCGAGCAGCACCGAUGAUGGUUACAGGCGCGCGACCCUCGCGUCCACCACCGAUAGCGCGGCGCCCGUCCGGAGCCAAGUGCCCGGAGAACAACCACCCAAGGACCGCCACUUUGUCAGCCUCGCGGAUUUGAAGAUACAGGGCCGAUCGCUGUCCGAGAGCCCGAAAAGGACGUUUUUCCCGCUGGACGAGCUGACCCUGGCCCGGCGGGCUUCGUUCGAGUCGAAGCUUCGAUUGUUCGAGCCCCUGUCGCCGCGUGAGAGCGCCGAUCGGCAGACGAGAGAGAGAUCCAAGUCCGUAGAGUCGAGCGUGGCGACGAGGUCGCCGAGCCCCUCCGGCAGCACUAGAGCUCGCAAGGUGUCCCAGGGAGAAGCAAGUCCCGAGUCGUGCGCCCGUACCGAUCGGAUCCCGGGUUUUCAGAGGAGCACCUGCUCCUCCCUGGCAAAGAUCUCGAGCCCCGCUCGUGGGCAGGCCCCAACGGCGAAGGCCACCGUUAAAACUGUCAUUGCUGCGCCCAAGUGUCUCAAAAAGAGACCGAUGCUCGCGAAAACCGGUUCGAGUUACCGAUCGGGCCUUGGCGCGCCGGUUAGAGGUAAAAGUAACGAUGAUGGUGAUGUGGCGGCUAAAAAAUCGAGUCUCCUGCGCGAUCCCGGGGCGCGGUUCAAGAGCGUACACCACAAGAGUCACGAUGAAUUUUCCUGUAGCGCGAAAAAACGAGGGGAUCCCGUUUCGAGGAGGGGCGUCCAGGCAAAUGCGAGGACUUUGGAGGGCUCGAUCAAGAAGAGCUUCAGCCUCUACACGCCUCUGAGAAACGCCGACAACAGUAGCGAGCAACAAAAUCAGCAGCCGUCCUCGAGAAACUCGUCGAGCCUCAAGUUUUUGAAUAAAAUCGCCGAGCAGCAAACGGACGAGAGACCCACGCCCGCGCCGCGCAAGUCGAGCCUACCCGGAACGCCGGAUUCAACGCUUACGCUCGAGAAACCGGUAACACCGGCGGUGCGGACGUCGUUUUCAGGUUCGAGUGCCGUGGCGACGAAUCGCACCUUGAAUUCCAACGGCCUUCGAACGACGACGACGACGGCCCAGGUACACGACAACGUCAAAUCCAAGAACACGACCAGUUCAUCUCCCUCGCCUGCAGACGACCAGCUGACCAUGUGCAAGACGUGCAAGAGAAAUUUCAACAGCGAGCGGAUAACUCUUCACGAGAAGAUUUGCGCGAAAAUGGCGCAGAAGUCGAGGAAACAGUUCGACGCUACGACGCAGCGAGUCAGGGGCACGGAAUUCGAGGCCUUCGUGGUGACGAAGCCGGUGAAAAAAAAGCAGAGUAAGAAGGCAGAGGUGAAAGCAUCGGCGCCAGCAUCAGCAGCGUCGUCGAGCAAAUCGAACUGGAGGCGUAAGCACGAGGACUUUAUCAACACGAUCCGCUCGGCCAAACAGAUGCAGGUCCAUCUGGCAGCCGGUGGAAAGUUGAGCGACCUGCCGCCCCCACCUCCCAGUGACACGAGCGAUUACGUCCAGUGCCCGCACUGUUCCCGAAAGUUUGGCCCGGGAGCUGCGGAACGCCACGUGCCGAUGUGCGAGGCCAUGCAGCGCAACAAGGGCCCCGUCCGGCCCGGCCGACCGGCCGUGCAGCCGGCAAAGGCCGUUAAAAUCAAGCGCUAGAGAUAAAACUGAUGCACCGAAUGAAUUGUAAUAGCUUAUAUAAUGAAGGACAACGCAAAAUAAGGAUAAUGAGAAUUUAUAAAUUAUUGGUUGACGAUAUUAUCGAUUUGAAGAGGAAAAAAAAAAAAAGUAUGUUACUAUCGUGAUUGCUCUUUUGUAUAUUAUUUAUAUAAAUCAUUAUUACGAAAAACAUGGAAACACGCCGAUUUUCAGUCUCAAAUAAGGAAAAUGAGCAGGUGCAAAAACUAAAUAAAACAUUUUACGUAAGUGCACAAAAAAAUCAGAGAGUAUAAUUAUAUUGUAAACGAUUAACGUUUACGAAGGAUAUGCGCAUUUUAUGCAUUGCGAGCGUUAUCGCCGGUGAUCGGUAUAGAGUGUUACUCUAACGAUAACAUAAUCACAUGUCGCUAGCUCUUGUGCCCUUUACGCAACUAUAUAUGUAUUCAAAAUUUUAAAUAAUAAAUAAAAGUUGAAAAAAAAGCUCUGAAUCGCACCGCACUAAUAAAAUAUCCAAGUUUUAAUAGUAAAAAUUCUUGUUUCAUCCGUUGUGAUAUAAUAUUGGGGUGGUUUUCGAUUUUUUUGGACAAUGUCUACGAGGAAUUUAAAGACUAUAUCUCUAUAUAGCAUACAACAUAAUAUCGAUUUCAUCUUAAUUUUUUUGUUUGUUUAUAGCUUCGGUACAACAGCUCAUACAUAAUAUACCAUUAGCUACCUACUUUAGAGAAGCCAAAUACUUUUUGUUUUUCUUACUUAAGCUGAGAUAACAAUGUCAUUAAUAUACAUGUGUACGUAUAUUAUCAUGUAACGUGCAUAUAAAACUGUAAAUCCUACUACGUUGAUACCAAUAUGACGUUGAUUAUUUACGAAUCCAUCGUCGCAUCUUUGGGAACAAGACGUUUAUGAUAAAUAUAAUUGAUAUAACCCACAAUAAUUGAUAGUUUACGCUAAUCAACAAAUUAAGUCAAAACAACGACGAUUUACUGAAAAUCAAUGUCGGUAAAAAAUUUACCUGUAAACUGGUGGGUUUCAGACGCCUAAUUUUUUUUUGUUACAUGCGCAUGUGUUUAUACAAUAAAUAAGUUAACAUAUAUUCAUGAGCACAGAAUAUAUUAUAUACGCGUGUAUACGCGGAAUUUCGCUUGUUAUCGGUUUACAUUUUUUGUUAAUAAGAUUUUAUCACUGCGUAAUGUACUCAA